AUGGUUUGGUGGGUCGGUGUACGACAAUCUACACUGACCUACCAAUCGACACCAUCGAAGCACGAUACCCCGGGCUCAACUACGCCUUCGCCCCCACCGCAACAUCUUCAAGACCACAGAUGCCGAGAGCAAGCUCACAAAGCCCGCUCUAAGGUCUUGUUACCAUCAAACCUUCCAGACUGGCUCACAUGCGACUAUCAAGCUCUACUCAACGAGCCCGCAUCUCUGCCGCUCACCACUGUCUGUUGA